AUGGCGGCACAGCUGGGAGGGGAUCUGCAGCUGGGCGCACAUGUCACCGCCAUACACCGACGUGCGAACUCGCUGUACGAAGUUCACAGCUCCAAGGGCGUGGUGGUCGCGAAGCACGUGAUUGUGGCCGGACUUACUCCAAGUCUGAUUACUGCCAUCGACUUCCAGCCGCCUUUAGAUGGCGCAAUGGAUCAGCUGUUGGAGCGCAUGCCAGUGGGGACGACUAUGAAAUACUCCAUGGUCUAUGAGAAGCCUUGGUGGCGAGAGCGUGGAUACCUUGGGAAGAUGAUAUUUCUCAACACGUCCGUGCCCAGCAACUAUGUGCACAAUUGCUUCGACAACUCUCCAUAUUCUUGGAGCCGCGGUGUCCUCACUUGCUUCACCGAGGGUGCCCAGAAUCGAGCUUUCCUCCGCCUCACGGAUUCGGAGCAGAAGGCAGUGAUGCAGAACAUCUUGGCAGAAGCACUAGGACCGACCGAGGAGAAAAUGGUUGAGGUGCUGUCGAAGAACUGGGCCGACGAUGAGUACGCGCGGGGCGGCUACAACAUUUUCUUCCCUCCGGGUGUCCUGUCCAGCUUUUGGCCUGCGGCACAGCGCAUCUACGAGCAGAGGCAGUUGGGGCCGCCUGGCCUCUGGAUUUCUGGCGGCGACUACAGCUUGCCCAGCCUCGGUUACAUGAAUGGCGCCAUCCAGACGGGUGAAGAGACGGCCAUGAAAAUCAUCAGAGAAUUAUCACCGAAAGUGAUUGUUUGA